AUGAAAAUUGGCUACACUUACCCAGCGCUGACCAGCAUAUGUGGCAGAAAACCCUCUACAAUAUCCAGGAUUAUCGCAUUUAUGACAUGUUACUUGUCCCACAUAACCCAUCUCUGUCAGUUGCAAAUGCGCCGUGGCUUGCGAGCCGCGAACCGCUCAUCGACCAAAGCUUCUGAGAUCAAAGAAAUCAGUUUCCAACUUUAUCGAUGGCACGCACGUCAAAAUUUUAAGGCCGCAUGGACGUUCAAAGUUGCAAAAUUCAGCGUAUAG